UCAGGCCGACGUCCACCUAUCCGACGCUCUUUCCUUCCCCUACUCACCGAACGAGUGCCGCUCCGUUACUGGCAGGGGGCGACCGUCGGAAUUGAAGUAUUCCUGUCUCACAAUGCCACCUUGUCUACACACCGGCUUGACGGGCAACAUAUUAUAAUGAGUGCGACUUCCACCAUUGCACGAUGAUGCGAAUAUUGGAAGCCCAGGCCCCUGCGCGGCAGAAUGCCACCGACACCAUCCAGACUCUAAGCAGCCGUCUGGCGAGCGCAACGUUGCUGGAAGACAGGCGUGCUGCGAUUCUUGGUCUGCGCAGUUUCGCUAAGCUAUACCCAGCAUCUGUCGCGUCUGGGGCCCUAAGAGAUCUUAUUGCCGGACUCAGAAGAGAUGGAGAAGACUCAGACACAAUCAAGUCCGUGUUGGAGACAUUGUUGAUGCUCUUCGAGCCAGACGAGAAAUCAACCGAGGCAUCAGAAGAGAUCACUCUAUGGCUCGCCGAUGAGUUCACUCAACGUCAGGACAACAUCACAGCCCUUUUAGACCUUCUAGAGUCCGGCGAGUUCUACCUACGCCUUUAUGUCCUACAGAUUCUCUCACACGUGUCAACUGCUCGGCCACAAAGAACUCAGGAGGCUAUUUUUGCAGCCCCUUUGGGAGUCUCACGAAUUACCAAUGUGCUGGACGACAGACGAGAAGCAAUACGAAAUGAGGCAUUGGUGCUUCUCGUUGCGCUGACUCCUACUUCGGCGGAGUUGCAAAAGGUCGUCGCUUUCGAGAAUGCAUUUGACCGUAUCUUCGCACUGAUCGAAGGCGACGGCGGCUUGACCCAUGGGUCUACUACCGUCCAGGACUGUCUAUCUUUGUUGGCCAACUUGCUGAAUCUCAACACGUCCAAUCAAUCAUACUUUAGGGAGAUCGGAGGUAUCCCGAAGCUCAAGAAGCUCCUUUCAGCGGUCGUUGAACAAGAAGAUUCUGGAGAUGGAGUCUCCGAAUGGAUGAAGCCCCAAAGAGAUAUGAAUGUCUGGGGCUUACUGGGCGUUGUCCAAUUGUUCCUGGCGACCGGUUCUCAAGGCACUGUUGUCAAUCAACAGGCAUUCUGGAAGACAGGAGUCUUGGAAAUCAUUCUGCGCAUCGCCUUUCACCCAGCGUACAGUACCGGGAUCCGUGCCAAGUCGCUGCAAGCCUGUGGAGAUAUCAUUCGGGGAAAUCAUGGCCUUCAGGAACGUUUUGGCGACCUUCCGGUGCCAAUCAAACAGGCAGACAUUGCUACGACUAACGGGCAUGCUUCUCCAGCAUCGCCUGCAAAGCAGCCUAAGGCUCCCAAAGCGGUAUACCGGGAACGAAAUGUGAUUGAAUCACUUCUGGAGCUCGCUCUAGUGACUGCACCACUUGCUCUAUUCGACGUCCGACUGGCAGCUACCUCUUGUCUGAAAGCAUUUGUCGAGGGACACCCUGGAAUCAAAGCCCAUGUGCUGAAAAGAGCGAUAGAAGGACACAAAAGCGGUGAGGAUGCCAUUCCCAACAUGCUGACAGUAUUACUUGAACCACCUGCAUCGCGCGGCAACUCUGAUCCCUACCAACAAUGGUUUGCUGCAGUUCUCAUUAUGCACCUUCUGAAUGAUGACCCCGAGACCAAAGACCUCGCUCUGAAGGUGACGGAAGGCGAUGCGGAAAGUGGCGAGGAGCUUGUCACAUUUGUGCAGACCAUCACAAGUAAUGUUGUUGCGGGCGUGCAGCACGCUGAAGAUGAGCGCGCCUUGCUCGGAUACCUGAUGCUCCUAGCCAUUUGGCUUUUUGAAAGCCCCGAGGCGGUGAACGAUCUUCUGGGAGAGGGAAGCACUGUUCAGGGGCUCGCGGCUGCGGUGAAGAUAGCAAACACCUCUAUGCCACUCGUGGCGGGUCUCUCCGCGUUUCUAUUGGGAAUUAUUUACGAAUUUUCGACCAAAGACUCUCCGAUACCACGGACCACUCUUCACAGCCUUCUCUUGUCGAGUCUCGGUAGGGAGACUUACGUCGAUAGAUUGAACAAACUCAGAGAGAAUGUUUUUGUCCGUGAUUAUGAAGUCCUUCCUCAAGGCGGAAAUGGUGGACUCCCAGAAGUCUUUUUCGACAAGACAUUCAUCGAUUUUCUAAAGGACAACUUUAGCAGGUUCCUCCGCGCUAUCGACCGAGACCCGAACUUUGAAGUGUCAAUCGUGAGCAACGGGGUGCAAAAAGGCGUGUCACGAGACCUGGUGGAUGGCUUGAGGGCUGAAGUACAAGAACAAAAGCAAGCCUUAGAAGCCGCUAAUACUGAGUUGCUACAACUCGGAAGAAAGUUGGAGCAAGAGGAACUUGACCACCGGCGGACGCGGGAAUCGUCUACCGUGGAGGUCUCUAGGAUCAAGCAAAUCAAUCAGAGUUUGCAGGACAACCACGAAGUCGAGUUGAAGAAGCUGCAGCAAGAGUUCGCUCGCGAACGAAGCCUGCUUCUGAAAACCCAUGAAGAUGAGCUCAACCGUCGGCGAAACGAGCAUGUGACCACAGUUGAAAGCGCCAGAAAGCAGCAUGAAGCGGAGGUGCAACGAUCCGAAUAUCGCUUGAAGCUGCUAGAGAAAGACGCCGCCAGCGAGCGGGCCGCUCUGAUUGAACAGCACCGACGAGAAAUCGCCGAGACGAACUCUAAGGCUCAACAGGCUCGCGAAAGGGAAGCUGCUGAAAUAGCCGACCUAAAACGUACCAUUGCGGACUUGGAAAGCAAGCUGAAGAAGACACAAAAUGAACACGCUGAAGAUCUGAAGACCGCACACGACGAGUACAAAUCAAAGACGAAUGACCUCGAAGCGCGACUGAAACGUGCAGAGAGCCGUGCCCAAGAUGCCGAAAGCCGGUCAAAGCAUUUGAGCGAUGAGCUUAAGGAGGAGAGAAGUGGACGUAAAGACGUUCAGACUGAGCUUGACGAUCUCUUAGUGGUAUUCGGAGACCUCGAGGCGAAGAGAUCAGCCGACAAGAAGAAGCUUAAAGAACUGGGACAGGAGGUCUCCGAAGACGAAGAUGAGGGUGUUGAAGAAGACGAAGAUGAAGGAGAUGAAGACGACGAAGGAGCCGAGGAAGAUGUCGAUUAAAGCACUGCGAGAGGCGGAGGCUAGGAAUGAAUCUUUGGACAUUUGAGCGAAGCAUUGCAUGGGAGGUCGACACAAACCAAGUCAAGGAAAAGAGGGACGUUUGUCCAAAAUGAUACCCUGUAUAUUACAUAAUCACCCUUCUCUGACGAGGCUGGUAGAGCCUUGUGAGUCAGACGAAUCGGAGUACAAGUCGAGUUGACCGCCAAGUUUUCAAGGUCCGUAUU